AUGGCGGUGGUGGGUGGCAGAGAAGACCUGGAGGACCUGGAGGGGCUGGCCCAGUCGUCGGAGUGGGGCCUACCCACGUCAGCCUCGGAGGUGGCCACACAGACCUGGACGGUGAACUCGGAGGCGUCUGUGGAGCGGCUGCAGCCGCUACUGCCUCCCAUCCGGACCGGGCCCUACCUGUGUGAGCUGCUGGAGGAGGUGGCCGAAGGGGUGGCCAGCCCAGAAGAGGACGAGGACGAGGAGCCGGCCGUGUUCCCAUGUAUCGAGUGCAGCAUCUACUUCAAGCAGAAGGAGCACCUCCUGGAGCACAUGAGCCAGCACCGCCGAGCCCCAGGCCAGGAGCCCCCUGCGGACCUGGCCCCGCUGGCCUGCGGUGAGUGUGGCUGGGCCUUUGCCGACCCUGCCGCUCUGGAGCAGCACCGGCAGCUGCACCAGGCCUCCCGGGAGAAGAUCAUUGAGGAGAUCCAAAAGCUGAAGCAAGUUCCAGGGGACGAGGGCCGGGAGGCACGGCUGCAGUGCCCCAAGUGUGUCUUUGGCACCAAUUCCUCCAGGGCUUAUGUGCAGCACGCCAAGCUUCAUGUGCGUGAGCCCCCAGGCCAGACCGCCAAGGAGCCUUUUGGAGGCAGCAGUGGGGCUGGCAGCCCCAGCCCUGAGGCCAGCGCCCUCCUCUAUCAGCCCUACGGAGCUGCCGUCAGCCUCAGCGCCUGCGUCUUCUGUGGUUUCCCGGCGCCCAGCGAGAGCCUGCUCAGGGAGCACGUGAGGCUGGUGCACGCCCGUCCCCACUGGGAGGAGGAUGGCGAGGCUUAUGAGGAGGACCCUGCCAGCCAGCCGGGCACUAGCCAGGAUGCUCACGCCUGCUUCCCUGACACUGCUGUGGACUACUUUGGCAAAGCUGAGCCGUCCUUGGCUCCCAUGUGGCGGGAGAACCCUGCUGGAUACGACCCCAGCCUGGCCUUUGGCCCAGGAUGCCAGCAGCUGAGCAUCAGAGAUUUCCCGCUGUCAAAACCACUCCCGCAUCGCGUGGGCCAGAGGCCUCUUGGAAGGCUGGCCUUUCCCUCCACACUAGCAUCCACCCCCUACUCCUUACAGCUCGGGAGAAACAAAAGCACCGUCCACCCACAAGGGCUGGGGGAACGGAGGCGCCCUUGGAGUGAAGAGGAGGAGGAGGAGGAGGAGGAAGAGGAAGAUGUGGUGCUGACCUCUGAGAUGGAUUUUUCCCCUGAAAAUGGGGUCUUUUCACCCCUAGCCACCCUCAGCCUCAUCCCACAGCCUGCCCUGGAGCUGAAGCGGACAUUCCGAGAGGCCCUGCAGGCAGCAGAGGCCACCCAGGGGCAGCAGCAGCAGCUCCGAGGGAUGGUACCCAUUGUGCUGGUGGCAAAGCUGGGGCCGCAGGUCAUGGCGGCGGCCAGGGUGCCCCCGAGGCUGCAGCCCGAGGAGCUGGGGCUGGCAGGCGCACACCCGCUGGACUUCCUGCUCCUGGACGCGCCUCUGGGCGGCCCGCUGGGGUUGGACACACUCCUGGAUGGGGACCCAGCCAUGGCACUGAAGCACGAGGAACGGAAAUGCCCCUACUGCCCCGAUCGCUUCCACAACGGCAUCGGCUUGGCCAACCACGUCCGGGGCCACCUGAACCGCGUGGGCGUCAGCUACAAUGUGCGCCAUUUCAUCUCCGCUGAGGAGGUGAAGGCCAUUGAGCGCAGGUUCUCCUUCCAGAAGAAGAAGAAAAAAGUGGCCAACUUUGACCCAGGCACCUUCAGCCUGAUGCGCUGUGACUUCUGCGGGGCUGGCUUCGACACACGGGCCGGCCUCUCCAGCCACGCCCGGGCCCACCUACGUGACUUCGGUAUCACCAACUGGGAGCUCACUGUCUCGCCCAUCAACAUCCUGCAGGAGCUGCUGGCCACCUCUGCCGCUGAGCAGCCCCCCAGCCCCCUGGGCCGAGAGCCUGGGGGUCCGCCUGGCAGCUUCCUGACCUCCCGUCGGCCCCGCUUACCUCUCACGGUGCCCUUUCCACCCACCUGGGCUGAGGACCCUGAGCCAGCCUAUGGAGAUGCCUCAGGCCCAGAGCCAGCACGAGACAUCCGCUGUGAGUUCUGCGGCGAGUUCUUCGAGAACCGCAAGGGCCUCUCGAGCCACGCGCGCUCCCACCUGCGGCAAAUGGGCGUGACCGAGUGGUACGUCAAUGGCUCACCCAUCGACACGCUGCGGGAGAUCCUGAAGAGACGGACCCAGUCUCGGCCUGGCGGACCUCCCAACCCACCAGGGCCAAGCCCAAAAACCCUGGCCAAGAUGAUAGGCGGCACAGGUCCUGGCAGCUCACUGGAAGCCCGCAGCCCCUCGGACCUUCACAUCUCACCCUUGGCCAAGAAGUUGCCACCGCCACCAGGCAGCCCCCUGGGCCACUCACCAACUGCCUCUCCUCCUCCUACGGCCCGGAAGAUGUUCCCAGGCCUGGCUGCACCCUCCUUGCCCAAGAAGCUGAAGCCUGAACAAAUACGGGUGGAGAUCAAGCGGGAGAUGCUGCCGGGGGCCCUUCAUGGGGAACUGCACCCAUCUGAGGGUCCCUGGGGGGCGCCACGGGAAGACAUGACACCCCUGAACCUGUCGUCCCGGGCAGAGCCGGUGCGCGACAUCCGCUGUGAGUUCUGCGGUGAGUUCUUCGAGAACCGCAAGGGCCUGUCGAGUCAUGCGCGCUCACACCUGCGGCAGAUGGGUGUGACCGAGUGGUCGGUCAAUGGUUCGCCCAUCGACACACUGCGAGAGAUCCUCAAGAAGAAGUCCAAGCCGUGCCUCAUCAAGAAGGAGCCACCGGCUGGAGACCUGGCCCCUGCCUUGGCUGAGGAUGGGCCUCCCACCAUGGCCCCUGGGCCCGUGCAGUCCCCGCUGCCGUUGUCGCCCCUGGCUGGCCGGCCAGGCAAACCAGGUGCAGGUCCGGCGCAGGUUCCUCGAGAGCUCAGCCUGACGCCCAUCACUGGGGCCAAGCCCUCAGCCACUGGCUACCUGGGCUCAGUGGCAGCCAAGCGGCCCCUGCAGGAGGACCGCCUCCUCCCAGCAGAGGUCAAGGCCAAGACCUACAUCCAGACUGAACUGCCCUUCAAGGCAAAGACCCUUCACGAGAAGACCUCCCACUCCUCCACCGAGGCCUGCUGCGAGCUGUGUGGCCUUUACUUUGAAAACCGCAAGGCCCUGGCCAGCCACGCAAGGGCACACCUGCGGCAGUUCGGCGUGACCGAGUGGUGCGUCAAUGGCUCGCCCAUCGAGACACUGAGCGAGUGGAUCAAGCACCGGCCCCAGAAGGUGGGCGCCUACCGCAGCUACAUCCAGGGCGGCCGCCCCUUCACCAAGAAGUUCCGCAGUGCCGGCCAUGGCCGUGACAGUGACAAGCGGCCGUCCCUGGGGCUGGCACCCGGGGGCCUGGCCGUCGUCGGCCGCAGUGCCGGGGGGGAGCCAGGGCCUGAGGCUGGCCGGGCAGCCGACAGUGGUGAGCGGCCUCUGGCAGCCAGCCCGCCAGGCACCGUGAAGGCUGAGGAGCACCAGCGGCAGAACAUCAACAAAUUCGAACGCCGACAAGCCCGCCCUCCAGAUGCCUCCGCAGCCCGGGGAGGCGAGGACACCAAUGACCUACAGCAGAAGCUGGAGGAGGUGCGGCAACCCCCACCCCGAGUCCGGCCGGUCCCCUCCCUGGUGCCCCGGCCCCCCCAGACAUCACUUGUCAAGUUCGUGGGCAACAUCUACACCCUCAAAUGCAGGUUCUGUGAGGUGGAAUUCCAGGGCCCCCUCUCCAUCCAGGAAGAGUGGGUGCGGCACUUACAGCGGCACAUCCUGGAGAUGAACUUCUCCAAAGCGGACCCCCCGCCUGAGGAGUCCCAGGCCCCGCAGGCACAGACAGCGGCGGCAGAGGCUCCCUAACACAAAAGCAUUCCAGAUCCCCUCUCGUGCCACCUCUGUCUCCUCUUCUUCCUCCUCUGUGUCCUCGUCCCUCUUCCUCUUUCUUUCCGUUUCCAAAGGAGCAAGCCAAAACCUCAAACCGGCGCCCCUUGGGGGCCGGGCACACUACAGCCAGGGCGCCGGGAGCCAGCUAGCUGCCCUUCCCCCAGCCUGAGGACUCUGGGGCCACAGGGUGUCUUCCUUCAGCCCAUGCCCACCUGGUCCAGCAGGGGCAGCAGCCAGGUCUCUGGUGGCAGCCGAUCUGGUCACAGGGGAGGACAGCACUCCCCCGUCUAGCAGCCAGGCAGGGCAAUGUCUGCCAUCCGUGGCCAUUUGCAAAGACCCCAAAGACCCCUGUUCUGGUUCCCUCUCGCCCCCAUGAAUAUCCUCUCACACGCAUGUACAUGCGAACACACACACACGCACCUCGUGAGACCCGGGACCUGCCCCGGACCCCCAGUUCCCGGGUUGAACGACCACAUCAUGCCACGGUGCUUGCUCAGGGGAAGCCACGCUCCCUCUGUGGGGCCUGCUGGGGCCUGGGAGCCCCCCACUGAGCCCACAAUGCCACGGAAAUCCUUGUUGGUUGCCCCCCAGAGGGGCCUUCCCAGCUGGGAAGAGCUCAGAGCUGACAGCUGCCUCCUGCCAUGUCAAGGCCCCCCAAAGAGCCUCAGGGGCUCUGGGGCCCUGGAGGGUGGGGUUGGGGGGUGGGACUCUCCUCCCCCACUCCUGCUCCCUCUCCCUUUUCACUGUUGCUUUCUAUGUAUAGCUCCCUAGACCUUUCACUUUUUUAAAAACGCGUUUUGUGUAGAGAAUAAGGAACGUGGAUCUUUUUAUUUUGCAAUCCUGGGCCAGCUAGAAGCCGGGAGCUGAUUGACCUUUUAACUUUUUUCAGUGGCCACAUUUUGGUUAUCGAUGUACCUAGAAGUAUGUAAAUUAGAUUAAAUUUCUCUUCUGGAAACGCCCUGGGGCAGGCAGCCAGCGUGUGUUUUUCUGUCGAGUGGACAGGCUGGCAUUGGCUGGCAGCCGGGGCUGGGAUCGGGGCCUCCUCUGUCCAGAGCCAUGGAGGCCCUGGGUUUUCCCGUUGGCCGCCAAGCAAACCAGACGCAGCUGGGGAUGAGCCCAAGUUCCCAGCUGUUGGCGCUUUAUGCCAUGGUUGGUGGGGGGGGGCUCUGGCUGGCUGGCAAAGCGGCUCCAGUGAGCAGACGAACAAGGGUUCUGGGCAGCCCGUCUGGGAAGGGAGCCAGGAUCAAGAAGCAGUUGAGGCUAGGGGAGCUUAUCAAGGGCAGGAGCUACCAGCGAAGGUGUCAGGGACCCGCUGGGAGCAUUUGGUGGGGGCAGUGGGGGUGUAGAGAGCUGGAACUCACCUGCUUUUAAUACACGUGACUUCUAGUUAGACACAUGCACCCCUAACCCAAGGAACAUGGGAAAAGAGGAGCCGCUGGCUCCUUUGCGAUGUUAUUUAUUUUCUUGCUCUGCAAAUGUUUAUUGAACAUUUCUGAGAUUUUAA